AUCAUUGUUACCUAUUGUAUGAUAAAAAAGCUUUUACGGUAAUGGAACGGCUACUGCACGUUGGCAGAUAAUUCAAGUUGGUGUGAUACAUGUAUACACGACUGUGCCAUCACAGUUAAACCCGUGAUGUGAUAUUGUGAAGAAUUAUGUUGACGUUAUUUCCCUAAGCAUGGACGACGAUGAUUUGUUGAAUCUUGAUACAUCGCAAUAUGACUUCCCCAACGUGCUGUGGCACACCUUGCCACCAAAAGAGAUGGCCAUUAAAACCACGGCGAUGCUGCUAAUCGGGGUCUCUGGUAUUACUUUCAAUUCCAUCAUCCUCAUAAUUUUAAUCAAAAACAGGUGGCUUUGGAAUGCAAGCAACUACUUGAUAGGCAACUUAGCCUUCGUUGACCUGAUCACUCUGAUAUUCUGCCCCUGGUUCAUGUUAGUGAGAGAUUUCUAUCAAAACUUCGUUCUGCAAAAUUUCGGGUGUCAGUUUGAAGGUUUUAUGCAAGCCACUCUUUUGCUAGCCAGCGUGGGUGCUGUUAUGUUAGUCUCCUACGACAGAUUGGCUGCAGCUGCGUUAACACAAGACGCGAGGAUCACGAAACCGUAUGUCCCUAGGUUGAUUGCAGCGACCUGGUUUGUGUCAAUAGCGUUAUCACUGCCCUGGAUUAUAAAGAGGGAAUACAAAGAAAGACAAUGGAAGAAUCAUCUUGAGAAAUUUUGCGUAGAAGACCCGAACGUUUUAGGAAUAUAUUGGCACUUUACACUUUCUAUGUUGGUUUGGAUACCUCUUGGCCUUAUGGUGAUCACGUAUGGUACUAUCAUGUGGAAACUGGAAUGGAGUGCUCGCAAGCUGUCCGCUCGAGGUGGGGGUCUUGCCGUAGCCAAAGCUAAGAGGAAGGCCAUGAGGAUAUCUGCCCUGGUGCUGCUCGUUGCAGUCAUCUGCAGGAUCCCGUACACAGUCCUCGUUUACUGGAGGGACCGGUUGAGUUUGGAGAUCAACGCAGUAAGAGGGGGCUAUGACGCUUUGUGGUUCGCAGCCAACUACCUCAUGUACGUUGACUGUGCAAUCAACCCUUUGAUUUAUGGAUUCACCAACUACCGAUUCAGAAAGGCUAUGGACCGAACUCCCGGCGUGGCUAUUUUCAAGUUCGGCUCUUGGUGCUGUGUUUGUUCAAUGUGCAAGAGAAAUCCUGAGAUUCCUGUUGAGCAAACAUCGGAGAAGAUAUUCGUGAUAGAAACAACACCGAAACCAAACAAGAAACUUGUACAUGUCCUCAAAAAUUUUCUUCACAUCAAGAAAGAUACACUAGAAGUGAGUGUAAAAGCGGAUGAAGUCACGAAACCAACCAAAAUGACACCAGUAAAACCAGAAAAUUAAAAAAUAUUACAAUUGAAAACUAUAUUUAACUUUUGAGUUAUAUUUCCAUUGGUAAAGUUAAUAAACUAAGGAUUAAGACAUAAAUAGCUACUUUUCCGAUUAUGUUUUCUUAUCUCCUUGUUGUAAAACUGUAUAUACUUAUAAUAUAAUAAAUAACUUAAACAAAGAAAAUAAUUUUGGGAUAUGUUACGGUUACAAUUUAAGAGCGGGGCACAUAGCUCGGCGAACCGAUGAACAAGUGAACACACGGUGCUUCAAUGGCAACCUCGCACUGGGAAGCGAGGUGUCGGUAGACCCUCACGAGAUGCACUGACGACAUCAAGGGAGUCGGGGGGAUCCACUGGGUACGGAGAGCGCAGGAUCGUUGCAUAUGGAAAUCCCUUGAGGAGGCCUUUGACUAGCAGUGGACGUACAUCGGCUGUUGAUUAUGAUAAUGAAAAUUUGAAAUCACAACUUGAUGCCGCGUUCAGAUGAUCGUCGAACGACACAGUUCCGUUAUUUUAUCAUUAUUUCAAUAGGGUAUUUGACAGUGUAUAUAUUCCUUUAUUUAAGGUACAUUACUUAGUAAUUAUGAUACACUAUAAUCAUAUUCUCAAUCGGAAUAAUAAAUUAUAUGUAUUAAUUAAUUAUAUAUUUUGACAGUGUUAAAAAUAAAGUACCAAUUGUUAGCAUCUGUGUUUAGAAUGAAUAUUGGCAGGGGUUUUUACUAUUUUUGCAAUAAAAAUAUUCAUAAUUUUACUAAAAACUAACGAAAAAGAUAACAGUUUUCUUAUCUAUCGUCACGUUACCCAAAACGCUUGGGAUUGGCCGAGCCUAAAAUGACGACGCACGCAAGUAAACUUCCGGUUAAAGUAACAUUACAUUGUAUCGUUUGACGUUUUAAUAACAGUCGUGUGACGUCACACACUAGUAAGACGCCAUAUUGUCCUAAGAAACGUUUUCGCGGCAACUUGAAAAUGGAGUUUUUAUUUGGUUAUUUUUAAUGAAAUACACAACAAAAUGAUGAAUAUCCACUUUUUACGGACUCUAUAAACAUUAGUCAAUAACAUCAGAUCGUUUUCUAAAACUUGUCAAAUACCCUAUUUACUAUGCAAGAUAGGCCUUAGCUUUCUAUCUAUAUUAGUUAAUAUUCUAGGUCGUUUCAUUCUGUGCUUUCCAAUAGUUGUGUUAAGGCUUGAAUCUUUGCUUCUAAAGUUGGUCGCAUUUCGGGCUCCACUCUCAGUAUGUUUGCUGCCUCUUGAAGUAGCGUCAUGCUUUCCAUGAGUUGAUCUUGGGCACCUUCUCUUGUUAUUUUUUCGGCCUCGUACUCUCUCUUCGUCUGGACAGCCAUCACGGCUUGCAGGUCCAAGAGCAAGGUACCCCGGAACCGUGACCAUCCUGGCUCAAGCUGAUCUGCCACCUCCAGGAGAUCGUGGCACAGGUCGAUCUUACGCUUCAGCAAGUGGUCUGAUAAUUCUGAAAACGCGUGUCCUUUUUGGUUCCCGUAAAUUUGCAGAAGAGCCAACUUGGCUUGCACCACCAAAUGAUUAUUAGGAUGUAGUGCUUGGCUAUAUUUCUCUAUAAAUUCCUCGAACUCUUUGGGUUCGUCCUUUUUAAGUUUCUUCAAUUCCUGAGACAGGGCAUUGUUCCCCCAAAACAUUUGCCUACUUAAAAUGAAAUGAUCACAUUUUUCACAUUUCCACGGAGCAGCUUCGUCUAAAGGAUUCGAGGAUAUAAGCAUAGGUCGCUUCUCUGGUCCUCCACUAAAAGGUCUAUUACAAAUUGAACAAUAAAUACUACCGAUAUAAGUGCCGAAUUCCGUUGGAUCCUUACACCUGUCACAAUCACAGUCAAAGCAUUUAAUUGUCCGCAAAAGCUUUCGUCUAUCCAAAGUACCUAACAAAGUUUGAGUGUAAGUCGCCGUUAUCAUUUCACCCUUAGAAAUUGGCACAGUUGCAAUAACUGCUAAGUUAUAAUCGUCACCUAAAUAUAUAUGACGCGUGUUGGUCUUGCAACUGUGGUUCAUCAUCGAUGCAGUUACAUAAAUAGCUCUCAAUCUUUUUGUUCCAUCAAGACACCGUACAUCAAAAGCGUUAGUAUCGUAUAUCGACGCUACUGUCAGUAUGGUCGCCUCGUCAAAUGGUAACCCGAGAACUUGAAUUAUGAAAGUCACUAAAUUAGCUUUCAGAAUGACAUACAGAGGUGUAUUAAUGCGAUCUUCUAGAUGGGAUUCGAGGGCCAUAAUAUUCUCAUACUGCUUGGGGUUGGAUUCCCUCAUUAACAACACCCUGAGAGGUGCUAUAACGCAGUAUGCUGCUUCCGCUUUAUCUGCUUGUUCAUAUUUAAUGGUGCACUUGUAAUUCCUAUCAGUCAUCACCUUGCAUUCUGACUUGUGUAUAUCAGCCUUUUCACAUUCAGGCCCACACAUUGGCCAGUUGCAUGACUUGCACUUAUAGAAGUCGAAAACGUCUUUGAUCUUCAUCGGUUGCAAUUUCUUUCCGCAGGACAAGCAAUGUGGUGCAGUCGACAUUCUUGGUCCAAUGAUGGCGGGUUUUUCUUUCAGAAUCAUUUCUCCUUGCUUGAUGUCCCUCGUAGCUACCAUAUGGCGGCCAUACGUGUCUGAGAACUGAACUUUGAAGGCGCAGCAUUUGAACUUGUGACCUUCGCGCCACCCUAGCUUCUGGUGAGCCUUGGAACAGUAGUACACCAGCUUGCAGCCUCCGCAUGUUUGAUUGGCCGAUUGCUGACAUAUUUCACAAACUGGAAUUUCUUUUUUAGGGCCGUUCAUUUUGUAAUUAUCUUAGCGCGUGUCAGGGCGACUCGCACCCGUCGUGGU